GACAAGACUACAACCUCGUACAAGUCCUCCCUCUGACAUCAAGAAGGAAACAUAACGCCCGAAACAAUACAUUCGUACCAACACGCGUAGUACAUCUGGCAUUUUAUGUCACGCGCAUUAGCGGGUCCAUACAGGAAGCAUGUUGUAGAGGCAGCGCGCGGACAAACGUGUAGUCAAAGAUGGCCAGAUGUUCACGUACGAGUUAGCUUGUGUGACCUGCUGAAUGCCAGUGUGUGACAGGGUGAUUUCAUGGUUAAUCCUUUAUCGAGUUAAUAUUAAGAACACAUACUGACUAGAGCAACACACAAGCCCGCUCUUCUAAUAUAUUAACUGAGACGCUGCAACUGGCGUCUGAAAUGUUUUUCCGGACUACAAAUUAAACUUAUGAGCCCACGCGGAAUUGUACGUGUUGACGCUCGUGCUGCUGUGUUAUCGCUCGUGCUGUUGUGUUGACGCUCGUGCUGCUGUGUUGUCUCUGCUGCAGUCAUUCGCGUCUUUUCAGUCCUUAAACACAAGAGUGCUUCACCAGAGUUUUUUUUAAACUCGUCCUUCACUGACCCCCAGUCCCCCAUCUCAAAGACUAAACCUGCUCCCGCAGACGCGAUGUUUAUGUCAGAGUUGUACCCGGAAAUAGGCUUUUUUUCUUCUUAAUAUGAUGUUUAACUUCUGCUAACAAUCGAACGAUAUAAUCAAGAAGUGUCAGAAGCAUUUGGAGGGAGCAUGAACAACCGGGCACGUUACCUCAUCUUCUUUCAAUACAUUGGAACAAAUUACUGCGGCGCAGUGAAAGUGCCUCCAGAACAGCUGAAUAAGAGCGGAGUGCAGGACCACUUAGAGGCCGCAAUAAGGAGGCUGAGGCCGCUGAACCCGGUAUCUCUGUCGGUGUCCAGCAGGACAGACACGGGUGUCCACGCCCUCUCUAACUCUGCCCACUUCGACCUAGAACGCAAGAACGAUAAGCCGCCGUUUACUGCGGACCUUCUUGUCCAAUCCCUUAAUUUCCACCUCAGGACAGAGCAGAUCAGGGUCACCCAUGCCCACCGCGUGCCUGAUGACUUCCACGCCCUUUUCCGUGCCCAGUCUCGGACUUACGUCUACCGGAUCGCUCUGGGAUUGCCCUUUCACGACCUGCUGCCCCUCACAGAGAGCAGUCUCUGCUGGAACCUCCGCAACACGGAGCUGGAUGUGGGAGCCAUGCGCGAGGCUGCCGGCCUGCUGGUUGGGCUUCAGGACUUCAGCAGUUUCAGGGCGAUCAACUCUGACUUGCCUUUUCGAAACCCUGUGAAGAUGCUGUAUGUGGCCAGCAUACAGCCAGGAUGCUCCUUCGCACAGGCUCACUUCCAUAGAGAGGUACCAUUCUGGGAGCUGACUUUCACAGGCAGAUCUUUUCUCUAUAAGCAGGUGCGGAGGAUGGUAGGGGCCCUGGUGGCUGUAGGCCAGGGGCGGCUCUCGGUGCACCAGGUGAAGGAGAUACUGGAGGCUCGGGACACUCGGGCCUACCCACAGGGCAUGGCUGCUCCAGCCCGAGGCCUCUUCCUCACCAGGGUGGACUACAGAGAGACAGACCUGCAGCUUUCACCACAGACAUCAGAGAAGUGUUUUAUCUCCAGUGGAGACUCAGAGGAUUAAUUCUACUUCAUGCAGUCAUGUUGGUAAACUGUGGUUCCACACUACUGUAUGCAAUGAUUGUAAUGAAGUUUUAUAUUUAUAUUUUUUUCAGGGCAGCUUCACUCUGAGUCACAGUUUUUCCACACUUAUACAAAUAAACAUCAGAUGACGUACAGAUGAACAUCUACAUGUUCUUUUAAUUUGACAUAUUAAGAAUACAUAACUGUGUCCAUGAACGCAGCUCAGCUACAGAAUACCACACACCUUGAACCUAUCAUUGUCUACACAUGACCUUCAGGUUACAACAGACAACUUGCUUCAAGCCUAGUUAGGCAGUAUUACUCCUAUGUAUACAUGUAUGAACUGGGUUUUGGUAGGUUCUGACAAUUAUCAAACAAGGUAUACAACAUGUGGAGACGAGUGUUAAGUUCUAUAGCCAAAACUGCUUCUUGUGUCCAUGGCUCUCGUACAGUGGUAUUACAUUAUGGAUCAACAAAGUGCACACACUCACACUGAUAAUGUAUACAUCCAAAUGUCCAAAUAAAACUGCAUACACUGCUUCUUUACCCAAAGGUCUUCACAGACCAUUCUUGUGGAUUUUCAGCACACUCUCACUUGCUUCUAGUUUGGCUCCGUCCGUUCAUUGAGUUGAGUGAUUUUCAGCAAGUUGUCUGUAAACAGUCCACUAAAACCAGACCACCACCAGCAGUCGUCUCAGCGCCGGUGGCAGCCAGAUGAGGUUUGUAAAAGGUUCAGACUGACCAAUCACUGCCCUUAAUGUUCCAGCGCAUUGAUCAAAUACACCAGACAUCGCACUGUUUCCAUAAUUUUCAUACAGUCACCCACUGAUGCAAGGUUAACUGAUUUAGGCUCACUGUAUACUAAGUGCUGCAUCUGUCAAAAUUGAACCUCAUGAGGAAUGUUUUUGCACUUCUUAGAAGUGUCAAUAAUUCAGUCACGCUAUUUCUUCGACCUAAAAUUUUAAAUAUGUACACAAGUACAUGUUUUCUAUCCAUGCGACCAUGUUGGAGCAACACAGUGAAUCUGAUUGGCAUAGGUC